UCGAAAUUGUAAUGGCCUAUCUUUUUUUUUAAAUUUUUUUUUAAAUUAAAUUAUUUUAUUUAUUCACGUGAGAAAAAAAAAAAAAAUCCAAGCUCCAACAUUAUAUCCAUGAAUGCCUUUACCCUUGAAUUUAAACUGGUGUGACCACGCGCAAAUGUUGGGUAGUCGGGUUGCUUCGACGAGCCGCCGAGAGGUCCAUAAUAUACCGAGUUCAUGCCUGUACAAGAGAAUCCGGGAUCAGAUUGCACUUUACUUACUGUCUUGGUAUCGGCUACAUACUGAAGGACGCUGCCAACAGUCUGGGACUGCCAAGAGAGUCAGUGAAUCCGGGACGAUAUCUUAUCCUUUCCUGUAUCAUUCAGAAAUGGGGGAUGCGAUGCUGCAUGUCGCUAACCUGAGCACAAUGUUGUCGUGCAUGGUGCUCAAACUUCCUCAAAUAUUUCUGCUUACGAAGCUUAAAUCCACCAAAGGCGUCAGUCUGAGAGCCUUGCUUUUGGAGCUUACUGGGUACAUUGUGUUUGUCACUUAUCAGAUGUCCUAUGAAUACCCGUUGCCCACCUACAUGGAAUACCCUGUUCUGAUCUCCCAAGACACCAUACUUCUGUUUCUGAUCCUGCACUACAACGGGAACCUGAGGCAGAGUGUGAUCUACAGUACAAUGUUUGUAGGGGGAUGGCAGCUACUCACACGUCAGAAGUGGAUCCUUGAUUUGGCAAUGAGUCUGUGCACCUUUAUCAGUGCCGGCAGCAAGUUUUUGCAGCUGCAGUGUCUGUGGGAGUCCAAGGACUCUUCGCGCAUCAGCGCUCUGUCCUGGACCAUGUCAACCUACACCUGCAUGGCAAGGAUUUUCACCACAGUUAUGACAACAGGGGACCUGCAGGUUAUGGCCCGGUUCAUCGUCAUGACAGCACUGAAUGUGUGGGUGACCGCAACGGUGCUGUACUACAAGCAGGGCGGCAAGAAGCUGGACUAAGUCUCAAACUCCUUUCUACACUAAAUCUUAUACCCUUAAACCUUUUACAUUGAGCCAUAAAAUCUUGGACUUUGUACUCUGAAUGUCAUACCUUAAACCAGGGCUAUUCAACUGCAAUAGCAAAUGGGCCAAAUAGGAAAAUCACUGGGGGUUUGUGGGCAUAAUACUUUGUCAAUUAAGGAAGAAAACGAGCCAUGAUUUGACUUGUAGUGCCUCUUCACGUUGUAUUCUUUCAUCACUGCAAUGCAUUCGUUGCACAAUAAACACACUGGUUUAUUACUCGUGGCGGCUGGAAAAGUAAAUAAAUACUUGUCAGUCCAUUCGCUCUGGAAUUAGCGAUUUUCACAAUCAACUUUACGUCUCUUUGACUUUGAGAAAGACAUUUUGAAGCUUGUUGUUAGCUUAGCUAACGUGAGUUUCUCCGUGGCCCGCCAGCCCAGAAUGCAACGUGAUGCUUGACUGAGCAAAUGCAGAGCAGGUGUAAUCCUGUUGCAGCCAAUCACAGCACAUAGGUGCUUUAAAAAGACAUAAGCAAUACCAUAUUGGUUCAGAUCAUACAGUCUAUGGUUCAGAUGUCUCAAAGUAGCUCAGAGAUAUGUACCUUAGUUUUAUUUAUCAUAUCACACACAUGCCAGCUUGAUUUGCAGGCAGCCUCUUGCGGGCCAUAGAAAAAUUCAAAAUGGCCGUAUCCGGCCCGCGGGCCGCUAGUUGAAUAGGCCUGCCUUUAACCUUCUACACUGAGUAAUUAAAACUUGGACUUACUACUCUGAAUGUCAUACCUUAAACCUUCCACAUUGAGUCAUAAAACCUUGGACCUUCUACUCUGAAUGUCAUACCCUUAAACCUUCUACGCUGAGUC